AUGGUGGAAUUUAUAAAACAAAUUUAUGAUUACAUCAAAUGUUUGUCUUUUUCAAAACAAAAGUUACAAUUACAAGAUCAUCCCAAAUACGAAUUCGAAUAUGAAGUUCACGAUACCCAUACGCAGGAUGACAAAAAACAAUGGGAAACGAGAGAUGGAGACGCCAUCAAAGGUUCCUACAGCUUAAUACAACCGGAUGGAAGAAUAAGAAUCGUUACUUAUAGUGCCGAUAGUAAAAACGGAUUUCAAGCCGAAGUUAAAUUUGUAGGAGAAGCCCAACAUCCAACCGAAAAUUUCAAAUUCGGAAAAGAAGGACAAUCGUCUGCUGUUCCAAAAUUAAUAGAAAGCGGUGCAUUUCAAAACGCGCCAAUUCCAAUUAAUCCAAUGCAAUACGUUCCUGUACCUUAUACUUAUGGAUACACAAUAUACCAUACAUCCAUUAAACAAUAUCCGAUUGAAAAUUCUGGUGUUGGUUUGGGUUAUACCCUCGUACCUGUACCUGACUUGAAUAGUGGAAAUAUUGAAAGAGAAAUUCAACAAUCACCAAAUGGUGAACUUAUAUCAAAAACAUAA